UUGCUAUCUAUCUAUCUAUCUAUCUAUCUAUCUAUCUAUCUAUCUAUCUAUCUAUCUAUCUAUCUAUCUAUGUCAGUUUCUUUCCUUCUUUCUUUCUUUCUUUCUUUCUUUCUUUCUAUCUAUCUAUCUAUCUAUCUAUCUAUCUAUUUCAGUCUCUUCGUUCGUUCGUUACUUUCUCUCUCUCUAUGUCAGUUUCUUUCUUUCAUUUUUUCUUUCUUUCUUUGUUUUCGUUUCUAUCUAUCUCAGUUUCUUUCUUUCUUUCUUUCAUUCAUUCUUUCUUUUUUUCUUUAUCUUCAUUUCUAUCUAUCUAUCUAUCUAUCUAUCUAUCUAUCUAUCUCAGGUCCUUUCUUUUAUCUAUCUAUCUAUCUAUCUAUCUAUCUAUCUAUCUAUCUAUCUAUCUAUCUAUCUCAGUUUCUUUCUUUCUUUAUCUUCAUUUCUAUCUAUCUAUCUAUCUAUCUAUCUAUCUAUCUCAGGUUCUUUCUUUAUCUAUCUAUCUAUCUAUCUAUCUAUCUAUCUAUCUAUCUAUCUCAGUCUCUUCGUUCGUUCGUUGCUUUCUCUCUCUCUCUCUCUCUCUUUAUCUAUCAGUUUCUUUCUUUCUUUUUUUCAUUAUUUCUUUCUUUGUCUUCGUUUCUAUGUAUCUAUCAGUCUCUUCGCUCGUUCGUUCGUUCGUUCGUUCCCUCCGUCCCUCCCUCUCCAUCUCUCUCUAUCUGCAAUGAAAAAAGAGAGUUUCUGAAACUGAGUGAUACUCAUGGCCACGGCUUUGACCUCACUGCCUCUCUCAAUAAAUAUUACAUCUCUGAGGACUCGUCAACUAUAAAUACAGCGAAUUUUAAACAAUAUCUAUCUAUCUAUCUAUCUAUGUCAUUCUAUUAUCUAAGUCUUUUCUUAUCUAUCUAUGUUCGUUCAUAUCUAUCUAUCUAUCUAUCUAUCUAUCUAAGUCUUUUCUUAUCUAUCUAUGUUCGUUCAUAUCUAUCUAUCUAUCUAUCUAUCUAUCUAUCUAUCUUUUCUUAUCUAUUUGUUCGUUCAUAUCUCUAUCAUCUAUCUAUCUAUCUAUCUAUCUAUCCUUUAUCUUCCUAUCUAACCUUUAUAACAGCUAUUAUUAUAAAUGAUAAAGUUUUCUAUCUAUCUAUCUAUCUAUCUAUCUAUCUAUCUAUCUAUCUAUCUAUCUAUCUAUAUAUAUAUAUAUAUAUAUAUAUAUAUAUAUAG